GCUGUUGAAAACAAACGUGCUCAAGACUUUACAUUUGAUUUUUGAAUUUUUACAACAAAAUGAGCGAAUCUGAAGAUGAUGGGCAACCGAGGAACAGUAAAGAGCCGGUGGAAAAUGCUUGGUCUAUGAAAAUUCCAACGUUUAAGGAAGCGGACAAUCCAAAUGGGAUGGCCGAAGAAAGUUCCUUUGCAACGUUGUUUCCCAAGUACAGAGAGAAAUAUCUGAAAGAAGUGUGGCCGCUGGUUGAACAAAGUCUGGUGGAUCAUCAUUUAAAAGCAGAGCUCGAUCUCAUGGAGGGUAGCAUGGUAGUAAAGACAACACGCAAAACGUGGGAUCCGUAUAUUAUCAUAAAAGCCCGCGACAUGAUAAAACUAAUGGCACGCAGUGUACCCUUCGAGCAGGCGAAACGUGUACUACAAGACGAAACAGGCUGCGACAUUAUUAAAAUUGGCAAUCUAGUACACAAAAAGGACAAGUUUGUAAAGCGGCGUCAGCGUCUGAUUGGGCCCAAUGGCGCCACACUCAAGUCCAUUGAGCUGCUCACCGACUGCUAUGUGCUGGUGCAAGGCAAUACAGUCUCGGCGUUGGGACCUUAUAAGGGACUGCAACAGGUGCGCGAUAUUGUGCUGGAGACCAUGAACAAUGUGCAUCCGAUUUAUAAUAUCAAGGCUUUGAUGAUUAAGCGCGAACUGAUGUCGGACCCCAAGUUGGCCAAUGAGGACUGGUCACGCUUCUUGCCCAAGUUUAAGAACAAGAAUAUUAGCAAACGGAAACAGCCCAAGAAUAAGAAAACCAAAAAGGAGUACACACCAUUCCCGCCAGCGCAGCCUGAGAGUAAAAUUGACAAGCAGCUGGCCACCGGCGAGUACUUCCUUAACAGGGAGCAGAAGCAGGCGAAGAAGGACCAGGAACGCAGUGCCAAGCAAGUGGAAGCUGCCAAGAAGCAAUCGGAAAAACGCAACAAGGACUUUGUGCCACCAACAGAGGAACCAACAACUUCCAAGCGCAAGGCGGAUGACGACAAGGUUGAUGUGAGCGCAUUAAAGGCUAAAUUGGUUAAGGCAAAUAAAAAGAGAAAAAGUUGAAAUGUAACAGCUUUUGCUCAGUUAGUUUUAAGUGCAAAGUGUCCAAUAAAUUUGAAAUUACAAAAAA